AUGGCAUUUAUCGACUACAAUAACGCGCAGCCUGCGACACAAACGACCAUUCUGGCGCACCAGGACUUCGUUAAACAAUACACGGCGAAGAACUUGGUCUCUAUAUUUCGAUCCUAUUCAAAUGACCCCUACUACAACCUUGCGGUCGAGAACCACUUGUUGAAGCACUCUGACCCCAAUUCACGUAUCUUGUUUACGUAUACAAACCGACCGUGUGUGGUAAUAGGGCGAAACCAGAAUCCGUGGCUAGAAUGCAAUAUACAGAAGAUACAAGAAGGGCUCAAGUUCAACGUUGACGAGUGGCAGUGGGCUUUCAACCAGCAGCCCAGCCAGGCUGCAGGAGACCCAAACAUACCUCUUGAUUUAGUGCGCAGAAGAAGUGGUGGUGGUACAGUCAUUCACGACGAGGGCAAUCUCAACUUCUCGUUCAUUGUGCCCAACGAUGCAUCAUUUUCGAGGAACAAGCACGCUCAGUUAGUGGUUGAUGCGUUGGAGCAGUACAAGAACAACGGGCCUUACUUGAGAGAAGCAGCCCUUUAUCACAAUGUUCGAGUCAACGAGAGGCAUGACAUCGUGAUGGUUCCCAAAAAUAGUACUAAUCAACAGAAAGAGUUCAAGGCAAGCGGAAGUGCAUUCAAAUUAACGCGAGGACGAGCACUGCACCAUGGAACACUCCUGCUCAGCUCGCCGAAUAUUGCACGCUCUAUUGACCACACUCAGACCGGGCCCAGCACUUUCUCGAUACUACUUUCCUCGCCAGCUAAGCCAUUUCUUGUCGCCAAAGGUGUCGCGAGCGUUCCAAGCCCUGUGCACAAUUUAUUUAAGCUCAGCAAAGACGAUGAUCGACGAAGGUUGUCUUGCGGGGUGGAAGACUUGGUUGCAAACGCCUUUCGAAAAUUUUACCACGACCAAUGUCCAACUGUCGUUGAUGUUGGGAAGAAGCAGGGUAGGCAAGACCUUUUGGAGGAUAUUCGUUCAGACAUGGAUGAGAUGAUGACAGACAGCUGGCGAUUUUGCCAAACACCCUCGUUUCAAUAUGCAUCGAAUUACGACGGUACUGCAGUGCAGUUUCAAGUCAAGCAUGGCAUGAUAGAGAAUCCAAAAACUGAGACCAACAACAAUUCUCUGAGGUUUCCCGGAUUCGCUGGCCUGGAAGGUAGAAAGCUGCACGAAGUGCAAUCUUGGGCGGAGUACAUACAUUCACAUUCAACAUCAACGACCAAUACGUCUAAAGUCCUUCCACAUCUCUCCACGAUUUUCCCCCGGAUCCACCUAGCAGACAAAUUAAGUGCAACCAAACCAGGCAACGUGAUCAUAAAAGAGAGCAGUGAUCUCUCAGAGGACGUCGAUGUCAUUCAAAGGAGAUCUACGAACAACCAGAUCGAGGUCGAGAGAAAGGGUCAGAACGUGAUCGUGGAGACGUGA